AUGCCUAAGUUAUCUCCUACCGUUCCCAACCAGAUUCGGUCCUUGUUGCAGAGCUUGAAUGGAACGAACGUCGACUUUGUUUUCCGGGAGCUAUGUCAGUUCAGUGAUUAUGGUGUUGAAGGAAGCAUUCUAAUGCUUCAGAUAUGCUUUGAACAACUUUACUUUCGCAAGACAGAUCUGCAGAACGUCCAUCUUGAACCAGUUCUUGAGUCCACUUUCAAGUUUCUGAUGGACUCACCAAAUUUCUCUACAGUGUUUUGUCAGUCUGUACGUAGUGUAGAUAUAAGUGAGGAACUGCUGGAGAAUCUAUCUACUGCCCUGCACUUAACUGUACAUGAAAAGAUUGGUGUUGGCCUUGCUUUGUCUGAUUCAGAUAAUCUUGAUUCUAGGAUGCAUGCAAAAAAGUUCUGCAUGUCUCUGAUUGAGGAACUCUGUGCCGAUCCUGUUUCUAUAACCUCCACGGAGCAGAUCCAGAAAAUCGUUAUGUUCCUCCAGCGUUCAGAGGGUCUCUCGAAGCAUGUUGAUCAAUUUAUGCAAAUGCUAUCACUGUUGCAAACAAAAGAUGUUGUACCAUUUGUCUUAUCUCCACUACUUUCAGAAGAAUUACGCGAAGCAAACUUUUUAAGAACCAUUGACAGGUUAUAUGAAAGCAAAGAAAGUGAAUUUGAUGCAAUUUUAGCUGAUAUGGAGAAGGAAAUGAGUGUGGGAGAUAUUGUGAAGGAAUUAGGAUAUGGAUGCACGUCGGAUGCCACACAUUGCCAAGAGAUAUUGACCCUUUUUCAGCCACUGAUUGAGAUUACCAUAUCUAAGAUUCUUGGAAAAAUUGUAUGCAACCAGGCUGGGCUGGAGGAUAACCAGAGUACAUUUUCAACCUUCAGUACUGCUCUGGGCUACAAUAUUUCAAAUGAUCUAGCAACUGUCAGCUCCUGGAAUGUUGGAGUCUUUGUAAGAACAAUCAACCAGCUGGCACCAGAUACGAACUGGAUUAAAGUAAUUGAAGGCUUGGAUCAUGAGGGAUUCUAUGUUCCAAAUGAAGAGGCCUUUUCUUUUCUUAUGUCUGUCUAUGGAUGUGCAUGCCAGGAUCCAUUUCCUCUUCAUGCUAUCUGUGGGUCUCCCUGGAAGAAUACUGAGGGCCAGCUGUCCCUUCUCAAAUAUGCAGUUUUGGCACCGCCUGAAGUGUUAACUUUUGCUCACUCUGGAAGGCAGCUGGCUUACAUGGAUGCAGUUAAUGGUCACAAGCUUCAAGCUGGAUGUGCCAAUCACGCAUGGCUGUGUCUUGACCUUUUAGACGUUCUUUGUCAGUUAUCUGAGAAGGGUCAUGCCAGCUAUGUGCGAGCAUUGCUGGAAUAUCCUCUUGAGCACUGCCCAGAAAUCUUACUUUUGGGAAUGUCUCAUGUCAAUACUGCCUAUAACCUGCUCCAAUAUGAGGUGUCUUUUACCGUAUUCCCUGUGAUCGUCAAAAGCUCCAGCUGUGCUGGCAUGAUCCUGUACCUAUGGCAUGUAAAUCCUGGCCUUGUUGUUAGGGGCUUUGUGGAUGUUCAAAAUGAGGAUCCAGAGAUCAUGGGCAAACUUGUAGAUCUGUCCCAGGAACUUAAGAUCCUGUCAUCAUUGUUGGAGUUGAUUCCUUUCCGCGUAGGCAUAAGACUGGCUGCCCUAGCUUCGCGAAAGGAGUUUUUGGACCUUGAGAGCUGGCUGACUAGUAAUUUAGUUACAUUCAAGGAUUCAUUUUUUGAGGAGUGCCUCAAGUUUCUAAAGGAAUCUCAGCUUGGCGCUUCCCAAGAUUUUUCUAGAAAACCUUUUCAUCAUGGGAAUGCUGCUGGGAAUUUUGAUUUCAAUACUAUCUCCACCAUAUUGAAGGCUCUUAAGGCUCACAGUCCCUUGAUUCUCAAUAUCAAACUUCCCGAGGAAGUGGAAAAGUUGGAGGCAACAAUUGUGGAUUCAAAUCCUAGGCUGCAGAAUGGUGGCUCUGCUGAGUUAUCUGCCCCUGAUGGAUAUUCAGAGGAUGUUGAGGCAGAGGCAAACUCUUAUUUCCAUCAAAUGUUCUCUGGCGAGUUGACAAUUGAUGCAAUGGUUCAAAUGCUUGCCAGAUUCAAGGAAUCAUCUCUUGCGAGGGAACAGUCAAUUUUUGAGUGCAUGAUUGGCAAUCUAUUUGAGGAAUACAGGUUCUUCCCCAAGUAUCCUGAAAGGCAGCUUAGAAUUGCGGCUGUUCUAUUUGGUUCGGUUAUCAAGCACCAACUUGUUACUCAUUUGACUCUCGGGAUUGCCUUACGUGGUGUCCUAGACGCCCUGCGGAAACCUCCAGAUUCUAAAAUGUUUGUGUUUGGCACCAAUGCACUGGAACAGUUCGUGGAUCGUUUGAUUGAGUGGCCGCAGUAUUGCAAUCAUAUCUUGCAAAUAUCUCAUCUUCGUGGAGCCCAUUCAGAACUUGUUGCUUUCAUUGAACGAGCUCUAGCCAGAAUUUCAUCUGGGAAUUUGGAAUCAGAAAGUAGUAAUACUUCUGCUACUCAUCAACAUGUUUUACCGCAAGCUACACCUGGUGAGUUAAAUGCCGUUAAUGCCACAGCAGCUUCACCACAAUCCUCCUCUUCUACAAACAUUCACCAGAGGCUUGAAGGUCGCCUCGAUGACCGCCACAAAUUACCUGUAGCCUCAUCUAAUGACUCGAAACCGCUAUUAUCUACUGGAGGACAACCUUCUGUUGGCUCCCUAGCCGACUUGUCUGCAGCUCAGAGAAGUGUUUCUAGCACCCAGGCUAUGCCGGCCUCUUCAACUGGUUUCCUGCGUCCUUCUCGUAGUGUCACCUCUACCAGGUUCGGCUCAGCACUGAACAUUGAAACACUAGUAACAGCUGCUGAGAGAAGAGAAACACCAAUAGAGGCUCCUGCUUCUGAAAUUCAAGAUAAAAUAUCAUUCAUUAUUAACAAUAUUUCUACUGCCAAUAUUGAGGUAAAAGGUAGAGAAUUCAGUGAAGUACUGACGGAACAAUAUUAUCCCUGGUUUGCUCAGUAUAUGGUCAUGAAAAGAGCUAGCAUUGAGCCGAAUUUCCAUGACUUGUACUUGAAGUUUCUUGACAAAAUUAAUCUAAAGGCUCUGAAUAGGGACAUUGUUCAAGCCACAUAUGAAAAUUGCAAGGUUCUGUUAGGAUCAGAGCUUAUAAAAUCGAGUUCAGAGGAGCGUUCAUUGCUAAAGAACUUGGGAAGUUGGCUUGGGAAAUUGACAAUUGGCAGGAACCAGGUCUUAAGGGCCCGUGAGAUAGAUCCAAAAUCUCUAAUCAUAGAGGCAUAUGAGAAAGGCUUAAUGAUUGCUGUUAUUCCAUUCACAUCAAAGGUUCUUGAACCAUGUCAAAGCAGUCUGGCAUAUCAGCCCCCCAACCCUUGGACAAUGGGAAUCCUGGGCUUGCUUGCUGAGAUUUACUCAAUGCCAAAUUUGAAAAUGAAUCUCAAGUUUGACAUAGAGGUCCUAUUUAAGAACCUUAGUGUAGACAUGAAGGACAUAACUCCUACUUCACUUCUGAAAGAUAGGAAAAGGGAGAUUGAAGGUAACCCUGAUUUUUCUAAUAAAGAUGUUGCACCGUCUCAAUCGCAAAUUGUCCCGGAAGUCAAAUCUGGAAUGAUGUCUCCAUUGAACCCUGGGGAGCUACCUCUUGAGGUUGCUAGUCCUCCUAGUUCUACAUUGCUCCCUCAGUUUCCAGCUCCGGUCCUCCUUUCUUCUGGCACAAUGAUGGAGGAUGAGAAAUUAGCUGUGUUGAGUUUGUCUGACCAGCUUCCUUCUGGACAAGCACUGUUCCAAGCUACUCCUGCACAGUCUCUUUAUGCUGUUAAUCAGCUUUCUGCUGUGUCGAUGGCCAACAUUGCUCCACAUGUUAUCAUUAACCAGAAGCUUCAGGGCUGGAGUCUACAUUUGCAUUUUCAAAGAGUGGUUCCACAUGCAAUUGAAAGAGCCGUCAAGGACAUUGUAGCCAGUAUUGUUCAGCGUAGUGUUUCCAUUGCUACUCAGACGACGAAGGAGCUUGUAUUAAAGGACUAUGCCAUGGAAACGGAUGAGACACGAAUAUACCAUGCGGCGCAUCUGAUGGUUGCUAGCCUGGCUGGAAGCCUAGCUCAUGUCACUUGCAAGGAACCUCUACGUACUUCGAUAUCAAACCAACUGAGGAGUUCACUUCAUGGUUUGAGCAUCACAAAUGAGCUCCUUGAACAUGCCGUGCUGCUUGCUACCAAUGAUAACCUUGAUUUGGGCUGUGCCCUGAUUGAACAAGCUGCUACAGAGAAGGCCAUACAAACUAUUAAUGGUGAAAUAGCCCAUCAGCUACAGUUGAGAAGGAAACAUAGAGACAGUGUUGGCCAAACAUUAUUUGAGACGAACAUGUAUACCCAGGCUUCCUUAGGUGUGCUACCUGAAGCCCUCCGUCCGAAGCCUGGCCACUUAUCCUUGUCUCAGCAGCGAGUUUAUGAGGACUUUGUACGGCUUCCUUGGCAAAAUCAAUCUUCCCAGGGUUCACAAUCUAUUGCUGCUGGUAGUUCAACUUCUGCUGCUUUUGCCGCCAGUGGUUUGACAAGUUCAUAUGGAUCUUUGUCGGGUCAACUCAGCACAGGAUAUUCGUCGAGUGUUGGUGGCCUGGGAUUUGAUGCAGCAUCUCAGACGUUGUAUCUGGGUUCUGAGGCACUUGACUCAAGUCCAGCACUGUUGCCAAGCUCGUCCUCGAUAAAUAUCGGAGCAGAUGCUGUUAUGCGGCAAAAUUCUGAAAAGAAUGCCAUUUCAUCUUCAUUUUCCGUUGCUGGUCCCGCUACUGAACCUCCUCUCAUAGAUUCUUCUGACAGUAUGAAGGAACCUGGUGCUUCCUCUCAGCCAAUCUCGUCAUCCACUGCUUCUGAGCGUGUGGGGAAUAGUGUUACUGAACCUUCCCUAAGUACAAGAGAUGCACUGGAUAAGUACCAAGUCGUUGCCCAAAAGUUGGAGGCGUUGGUCACUGGUGAUGGCAAAGAAGCAGAGCUACAGGGAGUGAUUGCUGAGGUGCCCGAGAUCAUACUUCGCUGCAUAAGUCGAGAUGAGGCUGCCCUAGCUGUUGCUCAAAAGGUUUUCAAGGGAUUGUAUGAGAACACCUCAAAUACUUUUCAUGUUAGUGCUUGCCUUGCAAUUUUGGUUGCGAUUCGUGAUGUUUGCAAGCUUGUGGUUAAAGAACUCACAAGCUGGGUCAUUUACUCGGAUGAGGAGCGGAAGUUCAAUAAAGAUAUUACUAUGGGUCUUAUACACAGUGAAUUGCUCAAUCUUGCUGAGUACAAUGUUCAUAUUGCAAAGCUUAUUGACGGUGGAAGGAAUAAGGCUGCGACGGAAUUCUCUGUUUCACUUAUCCAGGCUUUGGUUGUCGAUGAGUACAAUGCCAUUUCCGAACUCCAUAAUCUUGUUGAAGCGUUGGCAAAGAUUGCUGCAAAACCUGGAUCUUCUGAAUCGCUGCAACAGCUUAUUGAGAUUGUGAGGAAUCCUACAGCUAAUGCCGCUGCUAUAUCAGCUUUUGCUGUUGGUAAAGAUGAUAAAACUAGACAGAGAAAGGCUCCCAGUCAGCCUUCAAUUAGCCGUGACGACUUCAACAAUGUGGAGUCUGUCGAACCUGACCCUGCUGGAUUCCGGGAUCAGAUUACUGCUCUAUUCCGCGAAUGGUACCGGAUAUGUGAACUACCAGGCUCGAAUGAGACCACAUAUAACCAUUACCUCUUACAAUUGCACCAGAAUGGGUUCCUCAAGGGUGAUGAUUUGACCGACCAGUUUUUCCGCAUUCUUAUGGAACUCUCGGUCGACCAUUGUCUAUCUUCUGAGGUGGUGAAUUCAGGUGGGAUGCAAGGGCCUCAACAGGGGCAGAAUAUGUCGUUCCUUGCCAUUGAUAUAUUUGCAAAACUCGUGUUUGCAAUUCUAAAGGCCGAGCAGGGAUCAAGUAAACAUUUUCUUCUGUCAAAGAUGCUGGCUGUUACUGUAAGAUAUAUACAGAAGGAUUCUGAGGAGAAGAAACCAUCUUUUAAUCCAAGGCCAUAUUUCAGAUUGUUUAUAAACUUAUUGCUAGAUCUUGUUACUCUUGAGCCAGUAAAUGAUGGUGGAAAUUUUCAGAUGCUGACUUCCUUUGCUCAGGCGUUCCAUCUUUUGCAACCUCUUAAAAUUCCUACUUUCAGCUAUGCGUGGCUUGAGUUAGUAAGUCACAGGAGCUUCAUGCCAAAAUUACUUACUGGAAAUGCUCAAAAGGGUUGGCCCUAUGUUCAACGGUUGCUGGUGGACCUGUUUCAGUUCCUAGAGCCUUUUUUAAGAAAUGCUGAAUUACGAGGACCAAUCUCCUUUCUCUACAAAGGUACACUUAGAGUGCUGCUAGUUCUACUGCACGAUUUUCCUGAGUUCCUGUGCGACUAUCAUUUCACCUUCUGCGAUGUCAUACCUUCAAGUUGCAUACAAAUGCGCAAUAUCAUUCUGAGUGCUUUUCCUCGCAAUAUGAGGCUUCCAGAUCCGUCUACUCCAAAUUUAAAGAUUGAUUUGCUUCCUGAAAUUAGAGAACCACCGCACAUCCUGUCUGAAGUUGAUGCUGCUCUUAGAGCAAAGAACAUGAAGGCUGAUGUGGAUGAGUAUCUGAAGACAAGACAACAGGGUUCCUUGUUCCUCGCCAACUUGAAGCAGAGGCUGCUUCUUAUGCCAAGCGAGGCUUCAACUGCCGGGUCUCAUUACAAUGUAGCACUCGUAAAUUCUCUCGUCCUUUACACAGGGAUGCAGGCCAUCCAGCAGCUCCAGGCAAGAACACCUCAUGCACAGGCACCUGGGAAUACAGGCCCUCUUGGUUUCUUAGUGGAUGCUGCUUUGGAUAUUUACCAGACCCUAGUAGUUGAGCUAGACAAUGAAGGUCGAUACCUCUUCCUCAAUGCUGUUGCGAACCAACUGCGCUAUCCCAACAACCACACACAUUACUUCUCCUUUGUUCUGCUCUACUUAUUUGCCGAGUCAAAUCAGGAAAUUAUCCAGGAGCAGAUUACCAGAGUCCUGUUGGAACGCCUGAUCGUUAACAGACCCCAUCCGUGGGGCCUUUUGAUAACUUUCAUUGAGCUAAUCAAGAAUCCGAGGUACAAUUUCUGGAACCGAACUUUCAUAAGAUGCGCUCCGGAGAUUGAGAAGCUGUUUGAAUCGGUUGCAAGAUCUUGUGGGGGUUUGAAGCCUAUGGAUGAGAGUAUGGUCUCUGGUACUAAUUGGGCUUCCGAGGGCGCACACUAA